CCAGCAUGCCCCGCGGGAUUGACAAGUCACAAGAUGGCGGCAGCAGGGUGAAAGUACGGGCGCUGGGUUCCGCUCGUCUCUGCCCUCUUCUACCGCUCUCCUCAACACGACACACCGUCUGUUAGCAGCGAUUCAACCGCCAUGGCGUCCAGGCUGAAAGAAAACCCUGACAGGACUUUUGAGUGCUUUGUGGAAGUGUCAGCUCCAAGUGAGAAAAACAAAGAUCCAGAGAUAGCAUGGAAAUAUCCCAAGGACUUCCAGGGAGUGGAUGGGGUUUUGAAGAUGAUGCCCAAGUUUUGUUUCCCCCUUGACAUUGGCAGCACUACCCCAGUCAGUGGGCAACACUUCACCUUCGUGCUGACAGACAUCGACAGUAAGCAGCGCUUCGGGUUCUGUCGCCACUCCCCUGGAACACGCUCGUGCCUAUGCAUUCUCAGCUACCUACCAUGGUUUGAGAUAUAUUACAAGCUGCUGAACACUUUAGGAGAGCUGCUACUAAGAAAACAGAGGUCUGAUGAUGUUGCUUAUGCUGUCUCACUGGAACAAGACAUCUCCUCUAUCCUGGAGGCCGUCUACACACACAGGGUUCCUGAUCCAGACUCAGUGGUCAACAUACACCCUAAACAGCCUGGAUUGGACUUCUCCUUCACAUGUCCUGACCCAAGUUGUCUUCCUUCCAUACCAGAAAAUAGAAAUCUGACAGAGUACUAUGUUGCUGUGGAGCCUAUAAAUAUGCUCCAUAUCUUCUCAAGUAUGUUGUAUGAGAGAAGAAUACUCAUCACAUCCAGCAAGCUGAGCACGCUGACUGCAAUUGUCCAUGGGGCUGCAUCAUUACUCUAUCCCCUCUACUGGCAACAUGUGUAUAUCCCAGUCAUCCCACCACAUCUGCUGGACUACUGCUGUGCACCCAUGCCAUUCCUGAUUGGUGUCCACUCUUCUCUAAUGGAGAAAGUGCAGAGUAUGGCAGGGUUGGAGGAUAUUGUUGUGUUCAAUGCUGACAGCAACACCUUGGACACCCCGUUUGAUGACCUACAAACACUGCCUCACGAUGUGAUGUCCUCUCUCAAGAGUAAGCUGAAGAAGACAGGCACUAUGCAGGGUGAGGGGGUGGCUAAGGCUUACCUCAGAGCCAUGGUCCAUCUCAUAGGGGGAUAUAGGGAUGCUCUCAGGUUCAAACCAGGGGAAGAAAUUACCUUUAGUGAAGAGGCGUUCAUCUCAUCCAGAUCUAACAGUUCCAAAGAGUUCCUGACCAACGUCAUACAAGGGCAACUCUUCAAACAGUUCAUCGAUGGUAGGCUGGACCUACUGAACUCUGGGCAGGGAUUUAGUGACGUGUUUGAAGAGGAGAUCAACCUUGUAGACUACAGUAAAGGCAGCAUCAAAACAUACACAGCGUGGCUGAACAGUGUCAAGAAAGAAGGAGGAAACAUCUUGAAAGGGGUUAGGAAAAAGGCAAAACCUGCAGUCAAAAGCAUGGUUAGCACUGGAAAGGAUGUGGCAAAACUUGCUCGGGAACAGGCCAAGAAUGUGAAGAGUAAAUUCAAGCAGUCAAAGGAGAGUGAGGACAUAUUUGAUGCCCGUAAGCACCGUGGGUCCCAGCCUGGCCUCAUCAUCCCUAACCGAGCAGACGGACGGAGAAGUGCACCUGACUCACCUGAGGACGAGAGGAGAAGACCCAUCUCACACCAUGUCAGGCCGAGAGAUGUCCCUCCCAAACCUACACCAUAUCACCUACGUCAGUCCAUGGCCAUCAAGCCAACACAAGAGCUAGUCAGGCCGCGAACUACUUUAUCAACCAGGGAGAGGGACAGCGGCAUAGAGCAAUUAGAUCAAGACGGUACAUUGGACGGAGACUUGGACGACAACGGUCAAUUACCCCGGCAUUAUGACCUGCUGGACUUGGACGACCCUUCCACAGACAGGACCAGUAUGUCCAGUAGCCCUGGCUUCCAGGCUCUGAACCUUGACUUCAUGAGGGACUUGGAGGAUGUGUUUGCCUCCAUGCGCCUGACCAAGGAAAGCAGCAGUGAGGAAACAACUCCUGUGUCAGAGGAACCAGCAAAUGAGGUUGAUGCCAACCCCUAUGGAAUCCCUGCAGUCCCGAAGACGAGGCCACCCAUCGCCAUUCCUAAAAUCAAGAAGAAAGAAUCAAGCGCUCCAGCUCUGUCCCUUCCCGAAUCCUCCGGCGCCAAGAGCACCAGUUCCCCCAACACACCCGGGGAGUCUCGCCGCCCUGCCAGGCCCCCCAACCCUCCCAGCAUGCACAAGUCUGUAUCCGUGCCGUCCGGCAUGAGCACCCAGCAGCUGAGAAAGUCCACGGACAUGCUCGUGACAGAGAUGUGGCAGGAGUCGAACAACCUGGGCGUCGCCCAGUCGGACACCAGUAGUGACUCCUCCGUCAAGUCUACUGUCUCUGUUCCAGAGGGAGGGGUGAGGGCAAGGCCCCCUAGACCGCCUCCUCCUGCCAUGAUGCAGCAGCAGAAACUGUCUAAUUCCGAGGGACAAUCCCUGAUAAACUUUGACCCAUACUCAGAUGCAAAUGCCUCCAAGCCAGCUGUAACCUUCACGGUGGGCACACAGCCACAAGCUGACCCAGAGAAAAGUGCAACAAACACUUUGUUGAAGGAAUAUGGACUGGACACCUACUACACACAAAGCUUUAUGCACCAGGCUCCAACCCUGCCACCCAGUGGAUAUCAGAACCCAGCAUCAUCUGGCAGUAGUUUUCCCAUGCCACAGGGGUCUUGUCAGGCCCAGGCGAGCAGCUCAGUAGGUAGUCAGGCUUCCUCGUGGAACCAUGUUCCAACAUGGACGCAAGGUCAGAGUCAAAGUCAGGUUCUGAACCCUGUCAAAGUCCUGGAUCCCAUCAGGCCAGGGGAGAAACAGGACCCCUUCGCGGACCUGGUGUCCUCCACACGCGCGGACGUUGCAAAGAAAAGUGCCGGUUCCCAAGUCCAGCAGGUCAAGAAGAUGUGGGAAACGUUUGAGUAGCUUCUGCUUCCAUCACACAACUGCACAUAAUAGCAGAAAGCUGAGAUAGAUGUACAUGUGUACAGUAGUACUAGUAGUACAUUCAGUGUACUUACUCUGGAUUGUACCCCCAUUUUGGCCUUGUUAAUAUCUACACAAGACUCCAAAGCCUUAGGUAAAACCAGUGUGGUAGAUACAUGUAUGUAUGAUAUACACAUUGUACAUGUAAGAUUCAGAUAUGUCAUAGCCUCUGCUUAUGUCAGUUUUCUUGUCCCCUAAAGCUGGAGGAGGAACAAUCUUUGUCUUGAAUAAAACCAUUUUGUACUUCUGUUUAUGUACAUGUAUCAUUGCUGUAAAUUUGGUCUAUGUCAAUAGUUAUAUCAGUAUUGAUGAACUGGCAUUUAGGUAAUUGUGCUGUUUGGUGAUCUGUUGUGGUAUCUAUUUUCAGUGAUCUGUUGUCACUGUGACAUCCAUACUGUAAAUGGCCGUCACUCUGGUUUUUUUAUCGGCAAAGCUGUAUUAAGCCUAGACCAGCCAAAACUGCCACAAGUCUCAUGAAACAUUCUCAUUUCAUAGCAUUGUCACACUUUUAAUAAGCCUUCUACGUGUAGAUACAUGUAUAUGACAAAACAUUUUAAACUCUCAAGUCUCUCUACUCUUCUUGCAAGAUAUGAAAUAUGGAAGUUGCAUUUAAUUCAAUGAUUUUAACAUUUUCAUAACGUGUCUGUUUAUAUGAAAUGAAAUGUUGAGGAACAACUCUAUGGUUUGGUUUUAACAAUAUGCAAACAUUCACUAUUGAAAGACUGACAGUACUUGUUACAUGUUACACUUCAGUGCCAGUCACUGCCAACUAGUACUUGAGGUGUAGCAGAUUGAAGUGUCCUCAGACGUGAAAAUGCAAUAGAACUAAAGCUGAAAGAAAAUGUAACUUCUGAUGACAAAACACUUUGCUACUAUCAUUGUAGGUAAACAUGAACUAGAUGCUGCUCUUUAGCCAGGUGUAAUGUUCACGAAAAAAUUGUCUGAUUCCAACUUACAACACAUUGACAUUCUGUUUGUUUCUCUGGUUUGGCCUUGUGUGUGGGGAAAGUGCAUAUUGCUGUCUUGAUUGGAGGAAUGGAGGUAGCUCAUUUAUCAAUCUAAGGAGUGAAGUGAUGAAACUUUGUCAAGAGAGUAUGUUUAAAAAUAUGUGAAAUAAUGGCAAUGGCAUAGUGAUGACAGUUCCAUGUCUAAAGGCAUGUGAAGGAUUGCCAAAUAUGGGUGAGGCAUGAUCAUGUGACCAGAAAAAGUCCUGAUAUAACCCUUGACCUUUGGUGUGAAGAACAGAAUGUAACAACCUUCUGGUACUUGAGAAGAUAGCUAUUGUUGGAAUAUUGUGGAAGAUGCCCUUCUUACAUCAUAGUUUAAAAUGAAGAUGAAAGAGCAAGUGCAAUACACAUUAUAUCUUCAUGCUGAUUUACAAGAUAUGGCUUGACGAGUCCUUAGUGUUCUAAAGUUACGAAUUCCAGUGUUGAAACGUUUUCCAUGUACAGAAUAGAACUACAAAUCUUUAAUUUGACAUAAGAUAAUAGCUAGUUUGAAUAUAGCCACUCAACUGUGAUAUGAAUAUUGAAUUAUGUAUAUACACAUCAUCAUACCCUUAAUGAAUACAUGACUUUGUACAUCUAAUUAUAUGAUUAGUUGUAGUUGCAAUAAUCUAUGUAAGCUCUUCAGUUGCAAUGUAUCUAGAUGGAUGUCAUUUUACAGUGUGCCAGAAUUGAAGCCACUUGAUUUUCUUAUUUUACCAGGUACAUUCUUCCAUGCUAGAGUACUACAUUGCAUGCACAUGCUACAUUGUACAAAGAUGUCAAAAUUGCAUCGCUACUUUAAGCCGUUCAAGGCUCUUGUAAAAUUUUGUAAAUUUUUGUUGUUGCACCAUCCCUGACAUGAGCCAUGAACCUUUUAUCUGGUCAACAAGAUGUGAUCACCUGAGUGGAAUACUUUCCUACUGUGUGAAGUUUUAAAGCUGUCUCUGUGUGGUCAGAAUUCGUAUUUGUGCCUAUACAUGCUGUCAAAACAUGCAGAAUCGCUAUUAGGUUAAUAAAAAGGUCAAAAAGAAUAAAUUAGAUGUUUGUGUUUUUGUGACUUUGUCUGAAAACUUCUUAAUUAGCUUAGUGUUCAUCUUAACACAUUAAAGGGUGGUUCAGGAGUUCGCUGUUCUUUGUGAGAAUUGUACAACUGA